ACACAAUUGUAGAAUGAAUUGUACCCAUACGCAACGUCACUGACAUGCGGGACCCAGCAGCAGGUCCCAAAGACUUGCGUCUAGGUCGAGGAGAACCCCCCGCACCCGCAGGCACAAGCACGAAGCCUUCGCAUCCGCAUCCCCAUCCCCGACCGGCGGAAGGGAGGGAGCCGAACGAGCAAGCCAGCGAGGAGGCGGCGGAGGUUGCUAGGGCCGGUGCCGGAUGGGGUUCAUGCUGCGGGUGAGGCUGGCCUCCUUCUUCGCCGGCGCGGCGGCCGCCGCCGCGGGCGGGGGCUACUUCCUCUACAAGGACUACAAGCUCGCCCACGACUCCAUGGCCCUCAAGGUAAAAGGUCUCCAAGACUCUACUGACGCUCGCUACAAAGCCCUUGAAAAGCGACUUGCGGCUUUGGAAGGUCAGCAGAGCACUGGGGCUGCUCCGGAUUCAUCUGAUUAGUCUGUUCAAUAUGAGGCUUGAGCGUGGAUGGUUUACUUCUGUUUUCUUUACCCCAGUAAUCUUCUCCUUUGAAAGCAAGAGGGCUUGACCGACAACAAAAUAAUCUAGGAUGCUUCUUUUGUAUCGCAAUUGUCUGAGGCUGAGAUUCUCCCGUACAUUCUGUUCGUGUUUCAUGUCAGAGAAGCACAUGAACAUCAGAACUCUGAUUGCUGAAAUGCUGAGGCAUACUGAACGUGCAUGGGAUGGUCGUAAACCCAACACCAAUUUGAGAAAUGGAUUUUGCCGCAUCGUC